GGUAAAUGCAGCUGAGCUCAGUUUGGAGUGCCUGGAGCAUAGCAACGGGGCAGGAAGCUAAAAAGCCAAGGUUGGGCCUGAUUGUGGAGAGCUUCCUAAUGAGGAAGGGAGCUAGGAGCUCCGCAGUCCACAGUUUGGGAACCCCAGCGAUCAGACACCGGGCCCAGGAAGCCAGGCUGCUGGGUUUGUGUUGAGAUGAAAGCAGAUGGAAAAUCGAAGAUGAGGGAAGGGGUGCAGUCAGUCACCGAAGGAGGAAGGGGGAGGAAGUACGGCCACCCUAAAUCCGUCCGGCACAGGGAGGACCGCUUCGUUGAUGCUAAACAAAGUGUAACAUUGUGCUGCAAGUCAAUACAGUAAUAUAAGUCAUUUCAACUAUAAUGGAAAAGUACGAAAAAUUAGCUAAGAUUGGAGAAGGAUCUUAUGGGGUUGUAUUCAAAUGCAGAAACAAAACCUCAGGACAAGUGGUAGCUAUUAAAAAAUUUGUGGAAUCUGAAGAUGAUCCUGUUGUUAAGAAAAUAGCACUAAGGGAAAUACGUAUGUUGAAGCAAUUAAAACACCCAAACCUUGUGAACCUCAUUGAGGUUUUCAGGAGAAAAAGGAAAAUGCAUUUAGUGUUUGAAUACUGUGAUCACACACUUUUAAAUGAGCUGGAAAGAAAUCCCAAAGGAGUUGCUGAUGGAGUGAUCAAAAGUGUAUUAUGGCAAACACUUCAAGCUCUUAAUUUCUGUCAUAAACAUAACUGUAUUCACAGAGAUGUAAAACCUGAAAAUAUUCUAAUAACUAAGCAAGGGAUAAUCAAGAUCUGUGACUUUGGGUUUGCACGAAUUCUGAUUCCAGGAGACGCCUACACAGACUAUGUCGCUACCCGAUGGUACCGAGCUCCUGAACUUCUUGUGGGAGACACACAGUAUGGUUCUUCAGUAGACAUAUGGGCUAUUGGCUGCGUUUUUGCAGAGCUUCAGACAGGCCAGCCACUCUGGCCUGGAAAAUCAGAUGUGGACCAGCUUUAUCUGAUCAUCAGAACACUGGGAAAACUAAUCCCAAGACAUCAAUCUAUCUUCAAAAGUAACCAGUUUUUCCAUGGCAUCAGUAUUCCUGAGCCAGAAGACAUGGAAACUCUUGAAGAAAAGUUCUCAGAUGCUCAUCCCAUGUCUUUGAAUUUCAUGAAGGAGUGUCUGAAGAUGAAUCCUGAUGACAGAUUAACCUGUGCCCAACUCCUGGAGAGUCCCUACUUUGAUUCUUUUCACGAGGACCAUAUUAAAAGAAAAGCACAUACUGAAGGAAGAAACAGAAGACGUCAGCAGAAUCAACUGUUGCCUCUCAUACCAGGAAGCCACAUCUCCCCCACACCUGAUGGAAGAAAACAAGUCCUCCAGUUAAAAUUUGAUCAUCUUCCAAACAUUUAGGAAAAUGUUCUUUCAAGUGGAAAGUAAUUUAAUAUGUACACAUUUUUGUACAAGAGAGAUAGGAAUUCUCAAUGUUUCAGAUGCAAAUGAGCCAUAUGAAAAUUAAGAUGCCUUCUAGAAUUGUUUUGCUCUGAUCAUUACUGAUUCCUCUGCCCGUGCUUUUUAUAUGCCAACUUUAUCUUUUAGAACAUUUUCUUUAAAUGUUAUAGAGUCUGAAACUGCACAUAUGGAGGAGACAUUUUCAAUUUCAUCAGAGCAGCCCCUCCUGAGGCAAUUUAUAUUGAGAAUUUGUGAGCUUGUAUGUUGAUUUUUAAAAAAAGAUUUACAUAUGUCAUUUCAGCUUACCUGACUACAUAAUGUCUUAGAACAUUAUCAAAUAUCUUGCCUAGCUGUUGUUUGUCUAAGGAAUGACAUUAUGUUUCUGCAUUUUAAUUCACUCUUAUUGUAACUCUGUUGAGUAAUGCUGGAUUUUAUAUUGGUGGAGGAAGGGAACUUUGAAAUGUCAUGUAGGUUUAUCCCUCGAUUUCACGGCAGACUCUACUUUCUCUGUCUCAUGAGACGUUGAUGAUUCUAAUUUUAAUGCUAGCCAGAGAAAAUUCCAUACACUCAACACAGCAAAUAAGGUGGCUACACUACAAGGAAUUACCAUCUUCAUGACAUAAUCCCCUGCGAUAACUGACUGCUGAUUCUAAUGCUUUCCUUUAGAACAUCAUAGUUUCUUAUUCUUUUUCCUGGCUCAAUCGUUUCAGUACCUGGAUGUAUCCUGUUGGGUGUGUGUCCUAAAUAGUUCACUGCCAAUACUCUUCCAAACAUUUGAAUCCACAGCUUCUGUGAGCUUUUGCAGCCCUAAACUGGUAUAUCACGAUCACAUCAGGUUUGUAAAUGCUUCUAACAGCAGAAAGAUUAUCUUUCAGUUAACUGCUCUGUGUCUUCUACCAAAAAAAGGAAGCAAGCAAACAUCACAGUAGGUAGGCCCCGUUUACAUUGGGAUAUUUCCCAAGUAAACUUGACAGAUAUACCCACAUACGUGCACACAUAUGUACAAAUAUAUAAAUAUAUGUUUAUUAGUUUUGAAACAUGGUAGGUGCCUUUUAUCCUAGACAUGUAAGAAUGAAGUUAUUUAAAGGGCUUUUAGUUUGCUAACAAGAAACUUCAUGUAAAAUAAUAGCAUGGGGUUCUCUAUCACUGUCUGGCAUAAAGGCACAAAAAAGUGAUGUCUCAAUAAAUAUUAAGAUUGUUUCACUAACUCUUUUCUGCUCCUGGGUCUGGCAUGCGUACCUUAACAUUGUCAGAUUUUGCAGAUACCCAUAAGUCCAAAGAUGCCGUGUGUCUAGCACCUAUAUACCAAGCAUAAAUUGUUUUAGGAAAACACACUAAUGUCUUAUGUUCACCUCUAAAAGUUUAUUGCGCUUAUAAACAUGGCUAUGUAGACUUCUAGAGAAUCUUCUUCAGUUAUAUGGGAGCAUCACUUAGGAAUUGUGGCAUCUAAAUAAUAUUUUCUUGCUCACUGGAAGAACAUUCUAAGAGGGUUUAUUUAGUCAUUUAAGAGCUUAGUGUGAAUAUAAGCUCCUAUGGUCUGCUUAUUGUCAUUUUAUCAUCAAGACUGUGCCUCUUCAGAUUUGUAUGUUUCUUGCAUUUUUAAUUAAAUAAUACUACAGGAACAAGGAAAAUGAGAAA